AUGAUAAGGAGUAGAGGAGGUUAUUCGGGGUUUAAUCCUUCGUUAUUCUCAAGACAGCUAUUGCAUCUGGCACGGAAAAAUAUUCGUUUCAUCGCGAUCAUACUGAUUUUAUUGACUGUUUUAUUAAAUAUCAAUCAUAAGAAUAAGAAUAGUAAUAAUUCUAUAACUCAUUUUGAUUUCUUAGAAUCUGAAUAUUCAAAUGGGGGUGCUUUACCUUCAAGGUUACGUCCACAAGAUGAUUUACUUGAAGAGUCUGAUUCUUUGAAUAAUAUUAAUUCAUUAAAUGUUAAAAAUGAUACUGAAAUUCUAAUAGAAGAACAAACUUUAAAGGAAAAAGUUAUAUCAGAAAGAUUAAAAUCAGGUUAUAAAAAACAUCCAAAAAAUACUACUCAAGGAGCACUUGUUGAAUCUCUAUCAAAUGAAGGCUAUAGACCAAAAGCUUGUUUAAUGAUGGCUUUAUUUAAACCAACUGGUGAUCGCGUUGAUCAUGAAACUAUUUACUCGACUGUAUCAAGCAUUCAAAAAAAAUUUAAUAAUUGGUUUGAAUAUCCAUGGGUAUUUAUUAGUAGAGAUGGUCGUGAAUAUAUUGAUACAGAAUUUAUUGAACAAAUUAAAGAACUUGUACCUGAAUCAAUUGAAUUAAAUUUUGAAACCGCAAAUAAUGAAUAUUUAUAUGAAGUACCAAAAUGGAUUGAUAUUAAUAAAAUUUCUGAUUCUCAAAUUGGUUUGAGUGACAUUGAAUAUGGUGAUUCUCAAUUUUUUAGAUCUUUCAAUCAUUAUUUAGUCGGAUAUCUUUGGAGAGAACCAUUUUUAAUUGAUUUCGAUUGGUAUUGGCGUAUUGAACCAGGUUUAGAAUUAUUGUGUGAUAUUGAUUACGAUUUAUUUAGAUGGAUGCAAGACAGAAAUCAAAUAUUUGGUUUUGCUUUAUCGUAUUUAGAACCACAUAAAGAAGUUGUUAAAAAUUUAUGGGAUAUUUUUAAAAAAUUUGCAAAUGAUUUUAAAGAUAAGAAAGAAAUUGUUGAUUUUAGUCAAAAUAACUUUCAAUUUAAUACAGAAUAUAAAGAUUUACCAAAAGAAAAAGAUGAAAAGAAAAGAAAAAAAUUAGAAGAAGAGGCCGCUAAAAAUGGUAUUGGUAGUGCUACUGCCGAGUAUAACAGAUGUCAAUAUGUUUCAAGUUUCCAAUUAGCAAAUCUAAAUUUUUUCAGAUCAAAACCAUUUAUGGAUUUAUUUGAAAAAUUAGAUAAAGAUGGUGGAUUUUAUUAUCAUCGUUGGUCCGCUUCAAGUGUUCAUACAUUGGCAAUUAAUUUAUUAUUAAGAAAAAAUCAAAUUUAUUUCUUUGAUAAUAUUGGAUUUAAAUUAUCAACUGAUUCAAUGUCAUCUUCUUCACAAUUUUCUUCAAUUAGUAGAAAUUUUUAUAAUUGUCCAGUCGAUGAUGCAACUUAUAGAGAAUUUAAUUGUCAUUGUGACCAAGGUUUAGAUUUUACAUUCAUGAAGGAUUCAUGUACUGCCAAAUUUUACGAUUCAACAAAUAGAAAAAAACCUGACGAUUGGGAUAAGCAUUAG